CUUUGCCGCGUAAAUAAAGUAUACAGACACGGGCAGAGAACUUCAAUUGAAUUAUAUAUGAUAAGAUAUCGUUUUUGAGGUUAUAUAAGCUUACAGCAGUUAAAAUAAUAGCGGGCCUUUUAAAUCCAUGUUUAAAGGUUCCUACGCCAAUUUGAUAUGAACAAUAAUAUUACAUCAGAUAAAUAAUUAAACAGAAUGAUUGAAUUACCAAAACAAUGAAGAUAUUCUUUAGUUAGUCUACUGUCAGUUAUUUUAAAAAGUAUCAAUCUUCACCCACACAUUAUCGACUUUUUUUACAACAAAGAUUGUUUUGAAUUAUUCAACAUAAGUAUGUACCGUUAGCUGUAAUCAUGUUCAUUGUUAAACAAGGAUUUUUUCUGCGUAUAUUUCUAACAAUCUUGAUAGCCUUUGUAUCAAUCCUGGGAGAUAUGGGUUUGCAAAAUGGAAAGAGUGAGAUUGUAAGAGCUGUUUGUGAUAACUUGACACAUGCUAGUGUCGGUGGCUUGACUUGGACUUUAGUACUGCUUUUAUCAAAAAAGUAUGUUGUGAACAACAUGAGUAGUGUUGUAAUAUGUUUUUUUAUGUCAUCAUUUAUUGACAUAGAUCACUUCAUUUCUGCUGGAAGUUGGGAUAUAAAUGAUGCUACUCAUCUCAAUCAUAGACCAUUUUUACACUGUUCUACAAUACCAGUAACUCUGUGGAUUAUAAUGAACCUUAUAUCGAACACAUUAAACAUGCCUAAUCUGAUUACGUAUGCAUGGAUGAUGCUUGUAAGUUUUAUGAGUCAUCAUGUACGGGAUGGGAACAGAAGAGGUUUAUGGUUCUGGCCUUUUGGCUCUACGCAACCCAUACCUUAUUAUUUAUAUUUAAGUAUAUGCAUGGCCAUCCCAUACCUUGUUCAAUGGAUUAUGGCUUGGCAAUUAUCAAGAGACAUUGAAACUUUGUCUCGUAUGAACAUUGUUUAAAACUCAAAAAUGUUACAAAGACUGAAGUUAUUAUUUUUUGUAAGUAUACAAUUUCAAAACAUAUGUGCCUUUAUAUCUAUUCAUGUGAUAUUUUAUAUAAAUA